CUGCUUCUCUCACACACUCCUCUAAUAUAUUAUACUAUGUGCAGAGUUAACAUUACAUAAAUAUUUUGAAAAGUAAUUAAUUCCAGUGAUGGAUUAACUUAAGGCAGUUAGACAGUGUAUUUAAACAGCCUAUUUGUGUAUAAAAUGGAAGGUUUUACUGAAAAAAAAUUUUUGUUUAUCUUUAAAAAUCUCUAUUGUGUAAUUUUUACAUCAGAUCUUUGUUAUUACUAAGAUGUUUAUAUUCCACAAAGGGGCGAAAUUAUGCCAGUUGCAUCUAUAAUUUGCUUUGCUCCAAACCUUGACUAUUUAAACUGCUUCCAUUUAUGUGUACAAACCUGAGUGGGUUUUUUUUUUUUUUAUGUCCUCAAAUUAAAGGCUCAUUUGGAAAAUUUGAGCUAAGAUGCACACUUACCCAGCUGCUGCCAUCUUCUUCCCAGUAUAUUUUCCCAGCUUAUUGGGAGGGCAAGUUUGUAAAACCAAAAUUUGUUCUAGCUGUUAAUUUCCUGUUCUUCACCUGCACCCACAUAACAGAGUAAAUUGGAAGCAAUAACGUUUUACUCCUACCUUUCCUCUGACCACCCUCUGGUAGCCAUAUGUAAAGAUAUCUAAAAGAAAACUGAAAAUGAUUGGAAGUAGGGACCCAGGAAAUUGAACCAAGUGAACAAACUGAAAUAUGAGUAACAUGCUUUGCUGCUAGAUAGCAACCACAAUCACAGUGUUAAAAAUGAAGAUUAUUUGAGAAGCUCACUGUGAGCCAAGCAGAGUCCAAGUACUUUACGUGGCUAGCUCAUUAGUGACAUUCAUGUGCUCAAGAAAUUAGUCAUGCACUGUUUAGCCAAUAAUGACAUCAUUGCCUUCAUGGGCAUUAGAACUAUAAUUAGCUUAUAUUAGGCUAAGACAUUCUCCACUUAGUUGGCAAUAUUUUUUCUGGGUAAUGCUAAGCCAGUUUUAGCCUGAGCGCUGCCUAGAUAAUCCAUACGGAAAAAUUUUCUGUGACAUUCGCAAGUGAAAUGAAUAUUUGUGUGGGGAUGUGCCAACUGCAGGCUUGUCCUCUCCAACCCUUCUGGGACCUUUACUUCUCCGUGCUACCCUAACGACUACCCUAACAGCCAGGCUUGCAUGUGGACCCUCCGAGCCCCCACUGGCUAUAUCAUUCAGAUAACGUUUAAUGACUUCGACAUCGAAGAAGCUCCCAAUUGCAUUUAUGACUCAUUAUCCCUUGAUAAUGGAGAGAGCCAGACUAAAUUUUGUGGAGCAACUGCCAAAGGCCUAUCAUUUAACUCAAGUGCGAAUGAGAUGCAUGUGUCCUUUUCAAGUGACUUUAGCAUCCAGAAGAAAGGUUUCAAUGCCAGCUACAUCAGAGUUGCCGUGUCCUUAAGGAAUCAAAAGGUCAUUUUACCCCAGACGCUAGAUGCUUACCAGGUAUCUGUUGCAAAAAGUGUCUCUAUUCCAGAGCUCAGAGCUUUCACACUCUGCUUUGAAGCAAACAAAAUUGGCAAGGAAGACAACGAAUGGACCGCUUUCUCCUACUCAGAUGCAUCCUUCUCACAAUUGCUCAGUUUUGGAAAGACCAAGAGUGGCUACUUUCUAUAUAUUUCGGGCUCAAAAUGCUCACUAAACAGCGUGCUACCUGUGAAAGAUAAGGAUGACAUUUUUACAGAAAACUUUGAGCAGCUCUGCUUUGUUUGGAAUAAUUCUUUGGGCUCUAUUGGUGUAAAUUUCAAAAGAAACUAUGAAGAAGUUUCAUGUGAUUCUACCGUUAGUAAAGUCAUUCCUGGGAAUGGGAAAUUGUUGUUGGGCUCCAAUCAAAAUGAAAUUGCCUCUCUAAAAGGGGACAUUUAUAACUUUCGACUUUGGAAUUUUACCAUGAAUUCCAAAACCCUCUCCAACCUCAGCUGCAACGUGAAGGGGAAUGUGGUGGACUGGCAAAAUGACUUCUGGAACAUCCCAACACUAGCCCUGAAAGCUGAAAGCAACCUAAGCUGUGGUUCCUACCUGAUCCCGCUCCCGGCAGCAGAACUAGCCAGCUGUGCAGAUCUGGGGACCCUCUGCCAAGCUACUGUAAACCCUCCUAGUACUACACCACCUACUGUCAGCACUAACAUGCCUGUUACUAACAGAACCGAUAAACAAAGCAAUGAUGGAAUUGUUUAUAGAAUUUCCAUAGUGGUUCAAAACACCCUUCAUCACCCUGAGGUAAAAGUACAGAGCAUGGUUGCAGAAUGGCUCAACUCAACCUUCCAGAAUUGGAACUACACUGUUUAUGUGGUAAAUAUCAGUUUUCACCAGAUCACAGAAGAGGAUAAGAUUAAAGUGAGGAGAAGCCUUGUGAAUGAUCAAAGGUUGGUGAUUUGGGCCCUUCUAGUUUACAAUGCCACCAACAGUUCCAGUUUAGAAGGAAGAACAAUUCAACGGAAGCUCUUAAGAAAUAAUGAGUCCCUGGAUGAGGGCUUGAGGGUACAUACAAUCAGUGUGCGGCAACUGGGUAUAUGUUAUGCUGAGGAGAAUCCUAAAGGAUAUAAAUGGCCAACCAUCCAGCCUUCUAUAUACAAUGCCCCCUGUCCAGGGAAACCAGGCUUCUAUGCUUCACGAACAUGUUACUCUGCUAAUACAUCUGUAGCCUACUGGGGGCCUCCUGAUAUUUCCAAUUGCUCAAGGGAAGCAAAUGAAGUUGCCAAUCAGAUUUUAAAUUUAACCAGUGAUGGGCAGACAUUAAACUCAGCCAAUAUUACCAGCAUCGUAGAACAGGUCAAAAGGAUUGUAAAUAAAGAGGAAAACAUUGAUAUAACACUUGGUUCAACUUUAAUGAAUAUAUUUUCUAAUAUCCUAACCAGUCCAGACAGUGACUUGCUUGAGUCUUCUUCUGAAGCUUUAAAAACGAUUGAUGAAUUGGCCUUCAAGAUAGACCUCAGUAGCACAUCACAUGUAAAUAUCACAACUCGGAAUCUGGCUCUUGGUGUUUCAUCCCUGUCCCCAGAAACCAAUGAAAUUUCAAAUUUUAGCAUCGGUCUUCCAAGCAAUAAUGAAUCCUACUUCCAGAUGGAUUUUGAAAGUGGACAAAUGGAUCCAUUGGCUUCCGUAAUUUUGCCUCCAAACUUACUUGAGAACUUAAGUGAGGAAGAUUCUGUAUUAGUUAAAAGAGCACAAUUUACUUUCUUCAAUAAAACCGGACUUUUCCAGGAUGUAGAAACCAAGAAAGGCACCUUAGUGAGUUACGUGAUGGCAUGCAGUAUUGGAAACAUUACCAUCCGGGAUCUGAAGGAUCCUGUUCGAAUUAAAAUCAAACAUACAACAACUCAGGCAGUGCCUCAUCCCAUCUGUGCCUUCUGGGAUCUGAACAAAAACGAAGGUUCGGGAUUUUGGAACACAUCAGGAUGUGACGCACACAGAGAUUCAGACGCAAACCAGACGAUCUGCCUGUGUAACCACCUCACACACUUUGGCGUUCUCAUGGACCUUCAAGGAACCGCCUCACAGUUGGAUGCAAAAAACACUAAAGUUCUCACCUUCAUCACCUAUAUUGGUUGCGGAAUAUCUGCUAUUUUUUCAGCAGCUACUCUCCUGACAUAUGUUGCUUUUGAAAAAUUGCGAAGGGAUUAUCCCUCCAAAAUCUUGAUGAACCUGAGUACAGCCCUGCUGUUCCUAAAUCUCAUCUUCCUCCUGGACGGCUGGAUCACCUCGUUUCACGUGGGUGGGCUCUGCACCGCCGUGGCAGCCCUGCUGCAUUUCUUCCUUCUGGCAACCUUUACCUGGAUGGGGCUGGAAGCGAUUCACAUGUACAUCGCUCUGGUUAAAGUUUUUAACACUUACAUUCGCCGAUAUAUACUGAAAUUCUGCAUUGUUGGCUGGGGUCUGCCUGCCUUAGUUGUGUCCAUUGUUCUAGCGAGCAGAAACCAAAAUGAAGUCUAUGGAAAAGAGAGUUAUGGAAAAGAACAAGGUGAUGAAUUCUGUUGGAUUCAGGAUCCAGUCGUAUUCUAUGUGUCCUGUGCGGGGUAUUUUGGAGUCAUGUUUUUCCUGAAUGUCGCCAUGUUCAUUGUGGUGAUGGUGCAGAUCUGCGGGAGGAACGGCAAGAGAAGCAGCCGGACGCUGCGUGAGGAGGUUUUAAGGAACCUGCGAAGUGUGGUCAGUCUGACGUUCCUACUGGGCAUGACGUGGGGAUUUGCUUUCUUUGCCUGGGGACCGUUGACUGUCCCUUUCACAUACCUCUUCUGCAUCUUCAACUCAUUACAAGGCUUAUUUAUAUUUAUCUUCCACUGUGCUAUGAAGGAGAAUGUUCAGAAGCAGUGGAGGCGGCAUCUUUGCUGUGGUAGAUUUCGGUUAGCAGAGAACUCAGACUGGAGUAAGACAGCUACCAACAUCAUCAAGAAAAGUUCUGAUAAUAUAGGAAAAUCAUUGUCCUCCAGCUCCAUUGGUUCUAACUCAACCUACCUUACAUCGAAAUCUAAAUCUAGCUCCACCACCUACUUCAAAAGGAAUAGCCACACAGACAGUGCUUCUAUGGACAAGUCCUCAUCAAAACUGACCUAUGCUGAUGGAGAACAGACAUCAAUCAUCCCUGUCCAUCAGGUCAUUGAUAAGGUCAAGGGUUAUUGCAGUGCUCAUUCAGAUAAUUUCUAUAAAAAUAUUAUCAUGUCAGACACCUUCAGCCACAGCACAAAGUUUUAAUAUCUUUAAUAUAUGAAAGGGGAAUCAGUCUGCAGGAACGUGAAGAUGUGCAAGCAGAGAGAACACUGACUAGCAGAUGUAAAGUUGGAAUUACCUAGGUAACGACAUAUAUAUGAAGAAUGUGUUUUGUUAAGAAGGCUUUUGUGAAAUUCAAAAUCUAUGUCUUUUCAGUGUGUUUCAUGGGAGAGUUUCCAACAUCAUUAGAACUUUAGUUCCGAGAGCAGCAUGACUCAGUAGCUAGAGGGGACAUGGUUUUUUAAAUGUAUAAUUGAAUUGACCAAUCAGAACUUAGACUAGGAGGUGGAAUAUUAAAAUUAGAGGACAAGGGACAAGCAGCGCUAGGGACAGGCCCUAGUUAGAGCUCCUUCACACCCCACCUGAUAGCUAGGUUUGGAUAUGGCCGUUUGCUGCGUCAUCUUUUUCCCAACAAAAUCAUACUAAUACUUACAACUCUUCUGGGCCUCGCAAGCCCCAUUGCAAGGCUAGUUUCUAGGAAUGUAGUAGGAUUUUCCUCUUUUGAAGUGAAAUUACAACCACAGAUACAAAAGAAUAUUUUAUGUCAGACUCAAAGUUUGGAAAGGAAUUUUUUCUUAUUAUAUGAAAGGUUUAACCUUGAAGACCAUAAUGUGCCUGAGAAUGAAAGAAUGACCAGAUUUUGACCUCAUUAAUAUGAGACCAUGUUAUUUCACUUAUCCUUUUCAAGACACAAGGCUUAAGCAUCAUCAUUAAUUAUAAUUUAACCUUAUAUAUUUGAAUCAAGGUUAGUGUUGAUGGUUCAUUAAAGUGAACCUCCCAGUAGUUGCAGAAUGAACCUCUUACACCCCUGCCUUUGCUCUUCUACCAUAUAUUGAGCUGCGGGCUCUCAGGAGUGCAGACUUCCACUAGGUGUUUUGUAUACAAUAGUCUGUCUCUUUUAGGAAAGACAACCAUUGAGACUCUCUGGUCUCGUCUUUGCUCCAGAGGCUUUAAGACAUCUCCAUUUGCACAAAUGAAAAACCUCUUUCUCUUUCAAGAGUUUCAUUCCAAAGAAUAUAAGUUCAGACAUAUGGGUGACUUACCAUAAUCAAAAUAAUUUAUAAAAGUUGUGGGUCUACAAUUGCCAGUCUGAAAACUAUUUGUACAUAAGUCCUCUGAUUAUAAGAGCCAGAGGAGGUCUGGCAAGAUAAAUAGUAUGUUAUUUAUGGAUUAGGUUUCUGCAUACAAGCCGUGCAUAAUAUUAACAGCUUAACCUAACUUUCAACCUAUCCUGAGGAAUAUGCUUGCUAGCAAGAGUGUGUAGGAGGCCACAUUCUAACAGUUCUUAAAUGAUGGAGUCGUAUCCAGUUUCUUAGAAAUCAGUCUCAGCACAUGCUGUACCUUUGCCUUGGCUCCGGGUUAUCUGAGACGUUUCAGGGUCUGGGAGGUAGCAGCCUAAGUGAUGAGAAGAUGAGACAUUCUGGCAGAACCAAACUGCUUAAAGGCAGAAGCCAGGACUGAGCACCUGGGGACUUUGCCCUCUGCACAGAAAGCAGGUAGCUCUCAGUCUGAGACAUGGGAGAGCUUUCAGCCUCUGCACCAACCAAGGGGCUUCUCAGCUUUUGCUGACCUUCAAUCAUGAAGAUUUUUACCAGACCUAAAUGGAUGAUAACAUGGUAAUGGGUUUUUAUACCAUUCCGGUUUGUAGCAUACUGAGAUGCUGUCCUGGGGGACAGAACCAUUACCCAGCUUGGCCUUCACCAGAGAGGGGUGUAGAGAGAGGAAAGAGUGGGGACCAGAAAGACUGACCAGAUUUUAACCUCGUUACUAUGAGGCCAUGUUGUUUCACAUGAGUCAUGAAGAUUCACUCCGGUAGAGCGACAUCCUUUGCUGGAGGGAUAUGUAUUAACGGGCUGCUUAGUUUGCAGAGGUUACAUCUAGAUGAAAUUUAACCUUAAAUAGUCACUGACUCUUCAUAUACUUUCCCCAAGCCUUAGAGAUGAUAGAAUUUAAUUAGCUUUCUACUGUGAGAUUUCUACCCAAAGUGCUUAUUUAGCUAAAAGUAAUUAAAAGAGAGCUUUUAAAAUAGCUUUGGUUUCUACUCGUAUUCAUUCAGAUCUGAGAAAACAUUUUUUUCUUCACAUUUGAUGACAAUGUCAGCUCCACAUUAGAAAUUUCCAGUAAUCAGGUAAGGAGGAAAAAAAGAAAAAAAGAAAAAACAGCUAAAUAGAAACAUUUACAAGUGGAUUGAAAAGACUGAGCCAAAUUCUACCCUCAGUUCUAAGCCUGUAGCUCUCACCUUCAUUUACCCUUCUCAGAAGAGAAUUACAGGAAUUUAGCUAUGGAGCCAAAAUUAAUUUUAACCUAACUUUGAGAGUAAUAUCAAUUCAGAUUCUCUGGGGGUAUUUUUUGGUGUUUAAAUUUUUUUUCCUUCUCCUUUUUUUAAAUGCAUUAUGUUAGAGUCCAACUGGGAUCCUGAGAUAUUUUCCAUUGUUGUCGCCACGACUUGCAUUGUAAAGCUUUAAUUUGUUCAAUGUUGGCAUAGACUCUUUUGUACAUAUUUAUUUAUUUGUGUUUAUAAAUGUGAGCUUGUUUUAUAUUUUAGCUUUCUAUUGCCUGGCUUUAUUAUCUUUAGCUUUCUAUUGGAGAGACUGUAUAUAUUUUUUUCUAAAUACUUUGUGAAAUAGUUUUCUGUAGUAGUAUCUCUGAAUUUCAUGAAUAAAAAGUGACUGUGAGUGCAAAUUAGAAUUAGUAGUAAGAAGCUACUAUAGCUGGUUUGCCAUUAUACUUAAAUGGAAAAUGUUUUUCAAAUAAAUACUUAUUUUGUUUGUGAUCCAAAUUA